AUGAGGAAGGAUAAGGGAUUCCCUUCAGCAAGCUUUUUACUGGGCUUGGUGUCAUCCUUCAAGAGGAAACCAAGAACAUCAGAUGGAGAAGAAGAUCAUCCGUGGUGGUGGGGUAUCCUAGUAAGGGAUCUGUUGGAAACGGCUAUUUCAUGGGUGGUGGCACUUGCUUUGGCUUGCUACCUUGGCAUUCUAUACCUCGCUGGAACCUCUCCCGCAACAAAGGCAAUUUGGCGGUGUCCAUUGGUAACCACCAAUCGAAACAAUGAGGAAACUCCAGGGGCACUCGAUCAAUUUCAGAAUAUCCUCAAGGAGGCAAGACACAAAAAGGAAAAAUCAGAAAAUGUGUUGACGGACAAGGAACUGCUACAAGUCAUGUGCUCCAGCACAGAAGCACGGAGAUGGGCAUCCAUAGCCAUGCAACAGUACGAACACAAGGACAGCAAAGAUUCCCUUUUGAUGGCCCAGCUCAAACGAAUAUGGCCCCAACUACUGGAGCUACCAGCACCACCACAAAACAAUUCAAAAUCAAAGCAUCCCUUUGAGAUUAGUGUGGUCGUGCCGGCCUUUGGGGAAGAUGGAAGUCGCAUUCAAACCAAUUUGCAACGGGCCCUCGAUGCGAGCCAAAAUCCCCAACGAUUGCAACUGGUGCUGGUCGAUGCGGGACGGAACACCCACAUGGAACAAGCAACUGUCUUUGCUGGUGGAAAGCAGCAAUGGGCUAAUGUCAAGAUCGCCACGUAUUCGGGAGGAGGAGGACGAGGAGCCACGCUCAACCAUGGGGCCCAACAUGCGGAUGGAAGAAUACUGACAUUUCUACAUUCCGACAAUUUGCUGCCCGAGAAGUGGGAUGAUCAAAUCCUCUCCGUCUUGGGUUCUGACGAAACAACAACUACUCGUGUCAUUGCCUGUGCCUUUUCGUUUCGCAUCCAUACCACAAACACAGCUUGUCCGCCAGGAAUGGCAGCAGCACAAUGGUUGGGGACCAUACGAACCAAAGUAUUUCAUGCCAUCUAUGGCGAUUCCGUGAUAUCCAUGCCAACAACCUACUUUUCGUACCUUGGAGGAUAUCCACCACAAGCACCGCUUAUGGAAGACUAUGAACUCAUGGAUCUGAUUCGCAAACGUGUCGCCGCUCGGAAGGACGAAAGCUUGUGCAUUUUGCCAUCCGAAACACUCGUCUCGCCACGGCGGUGGCAAGUGAACGGGGUCCCCUACGUCAUUCUGUUCAAUUUUCUCUGUGUAUUUCUGUAUGAACACAGAGGGUGGUCGUCACAGAAGCUGUUUGAGUUCUACUAUAGUGGAAGAUAG